GCGUGUGGGUCACGUGGUGCUCUCCCUUUCCGGCCCAGCAGGCUGCCUGGCUGGGCGCAGUGAGCGGUCCGCUGCCGCCUUGUGAGGAGAAGCUGCUGCCCACGCCGCCAUCAUGCCGGUGUAUUUCCAGCGGCCCGAGAAUGCCCUGAAGCGGGCGAACGAAUUUCUUGAGGUUGGCAAGAAACAACCUGCCCUUGAUGUUCUUUAUGAUGUUAUGAAAAGCAAAAAACAUCGAACAUGGCAAAAAAUCCACGAGCCUAUUAUGCUGAAGUACCUGGAGCUCUGCGUGGACCUCCGCAAGAGCCACCUGGCAAAGGAAGGAUUGUAUCAGUACAAGAACAUUUGCCAGCAGGUGAACAUCAAAUCCUUAGAGGAUGUUGUUCGAGCCUAUUUGAAACUAGCUGAAGAAAAAACGGAAGCUGCCAAGGAAGAGUCCCAGCAGAUGGUGCUAGAUAUAGAAGAUUUGGAUAAUAUUCAAACUCCAGAGAGUGUUCUCUUAAGUGCUGUAAGUGGGGAAGACACUCAAGAUCGUACAGAUCGGCUGCUUUUGACUCCCUGGGUUAAAUUUCUAUGGGAAUCGUACAGACAGUGUUUGGACCUUCUUCGAAACAAUUCUAGAGUGGAACGCCUCUACCAUGAUAUUGCACAGCAAGCUUUUAAGUUCUGCUUGCAGUACACUCGUAAGGCUGAGUUCCGUAAACUCUGCGAUAACCUGAGGAUGCAUUUAGGGCAGAUCCAACGCCACCAUAACCAGAGUACAGCAAUAAACCUCAGUAAUCCUGAGAGCCAGUCUAUGCACUUGGAAACAAGGCUUGUACAGCUGGACAGUGCUAUUAGCAUGGAAUUGUGGCAGGAAGCUUUCAAGGCAGUGGAGGAUAUUCAUGGGCUAUUCUCCUUGUCUAAGAAACCACCCAAACCCCAGCUGAUGGCAAAUUACUAUCACAAAGUUUCCACUGUGUUCUGGAAAUCAGGAAAUGCUCUUUUCCAUGCAUCCACACUUCACCGGCUGUACCACCUCUCAAGAGAAAUGCGAAAGAAUCUCACACAGGAGGAGAUGCAGAGGAUGUCAACCCGAGUCCUUUUGGCUACACUGUCAAUUCCUAUAACUCCUGAGCGAACUGAUAUUGCUCGUCUUCUGGAUAUGGAUGGUAUCAUUGUUGAAAAGCAGCGACGUCUGGCCACUCUGCUGGGCCUCCAGGCCCCACCUACACGCAUCAGUCUUAUUAAUGACAUGGUGAGGUUCAAUGUAGUGCAGCAUGUUGUUCCAGAGGUGAAGGACCUUUACAAUUGGCUUGAAGUAGAUUUCCACCCACUAAAGCUAUGUGAUCGUGUAACCAAGGUUCUAAACUGGGUGAGAGAUCAAGUUGAAAAGGAACCUGAAUUGCAGCUGUAUGUCCCACAUCUGCAAAACAACACUAUCCUUCGUCUUCUGCAGCAGGUGGCGCAGAUUUAUCAGACUAUCGACUUUUCUCGUUUAACUACCUUGGUUCCUUUUGUUGAUGCUUUCCAAUUAGAACGUGCUAUUGUCGAUGCAGCCAGACAUUGUGACUUACAAGUUCGCCUUGAUCAUACUUCUCGAACGCUGAGCUUUGGAUCAGAUUUAAAUUAUUCAACUCGGGAAGAUGCCCCGCUUGGCCCUCAGCUGCAAAGUAUGCCUUCUGAGCAAAUUAGAAAUCAGCUGACUGCUAUGUCUUCUGCUCUCGCUAAGGCUCUUGAAGUCAUUAAACCGCCAAACAUAGUGCAAGAGAAGGAAGAACAACAUCAGUUAGCUGUCACUGCUUACUUAAAAAAUUCAAGGAAAGAGCAUCAGCGUAUCCUUGCUCGUCGUCAAACUAUAGAGGAGAGAAAGGAGCGUCUUGAAAGUCUAAACAUUCAGCGCGAGAAAGAAGAGUUGGAACAGCGUGAAGCUGAACUUCAAAAAGUUCGUAAAGCUGAAGAAGAGAGACUGCGCCAGGAGGCAAAAGAGAGAGAGAAGGAGCGUAUUCUGCAAGAACAUGAGCAAAUCAAAAAGAAAACUGUUCGUGAACGCUUGGAGCAGAUUAAGAAGACUGAACUGGGAGCUAAGGCAUUCAAAGAUAUUGAUAUUGAGGAUCUUGAAGAAUUGGACCCUGACUUCAUCAUGGCUAAACAGGUUGAACAGCUGGAGAAAGAAAAGAAGGAACUCCAAGAACGUCUGAAGAAUCAGGAAAAGAAGAUUGACUAUUUUGAAAGAGCAAAGCGCUUGGAAGAAAUUCCUCUGAUAAAGACUGCCUAUGAAGAACAAAGAAUCCGAGAUAUGGACCUGUGGGAACAGCAAGAAGAAGAAAGGAUCAGCACAAUGCAGCUGGAACGUGAAAAAGCCUUGGAGCAUAAGAACAGGAUGUCAAGGAUGUUGGAGGAUAAAGACUUAUUUGUAUCUAGGCUCAAGGCAGCACGACAAUCCAUUUAUCAGGAAAAACUCAAACAGUUCGAAGAAAGGUUAGCAGAAGAAAGACAUAAUCGUUUGGAGGAACGUAAGAGACAACGCAAAGAGGAGAGGCGUAUUUCUUAUUACAGAGAAAAGGAGGAGGAAGAGCAGAGAUUGCGAGAAGAGAAAAUGCUCAAAGAGCUCGAAGAGAAGGAACGUAUUGAGCGUGAAAAACGUGAGCAGGAACAGCGUGAAUACCAGGAGCGUGUCAGAAAACUAGAAGAAGUAGAGAGGAAAAAACGUCAGAGAGAGCAGGAAAUUGAAGAGAGGGAGCGUCGCAGAGAAGAGGAGCGGAGGGGUCUUGAUGACCCACUUUCAAGAAGGGAAUCUCGUUGGGGUGAUAGAGAUGCUGACAGCACCUGGAGACGAACAGCUGAGCCAGAAUCAGAAUGGAGACGAGCACCACCAGAGAGGGAAUGGCGCCGUGGAGAAGGGCGUGAUGAUGAAAGACUUUUCCGAAGAGGAGAUGAUCUGCUUAGACGUGGUGGUGCUGAAGAGAGAGAGCCUUCUUCCCGGGAAACAAAUGAAGACCGAGCCCCCAAGCGGGAUGUGGACCAAGACAGGGAACCCAGGCGGGGUGUGGACGAGGAUGGGGAACCCAAGCAGGAUGAGGAUGGGGAACCCAAGCGGGAUGAGGACAGGGGACCUAGGCGGGGUGUGGAUGAGGAUGGGGGACCUAGGCGGGGUGUAGAUCAGGACAGAGGGAGUUGGCGCACUGCAGAUGACGACCGGGGGCCCAGGCGAGGCCUGGAUGAUGACCGGGGGCCCAGGCGAGGCCUGGAUGAUGACCGGGGGAGUUGGCGUACUGCAGAUGAGGAUAGGGGUCCCAGGCGCAGGCUGGAGGAGGAUAGGGGUCCCAGGCGCGGGCUGGAGGAGGAUAGGGGUCCCAGGCGCGGGCUGGAGGAGGAUAGGGGGAGUUGGCGCACUGCAGAUGACGACAGGGGGCCCAGGCGGGGCCUGGAUGAUGACAGGGGGAGUUGGCGCACUGCAGAUGAUGACAGGGGACCUAGGCGGGGCCUGGAUGAUGACAGGGGACCUAGGCGGGGCCUGGAUGAUGACAGAAUUUCCAGACGAGAUGAGGACAGAGGCCCCUGGCGUAGUGCAGAUGAGGAUCGACUCUCAAGACGUGAUGAUGACAGGGGUCCAUGGCGUGGUGGGGAUGAUGACAGAGGGCCCAGGCGUGGUGAUGAUUCAAGACCUGGUCCUUGGAGACCAUUUGGUAAACCAGGCGGAUGGAGAGAACGAGAGAAAGCUCGCGAAGACAGCUGGGGACCCCCGCGAGACUCCAGACCUUCGGAAGACCGUGAGUUGGAUAGAGAUAAAGAUAUUGAUGAAAAUGAAAAGGAUCGUGAGUUUGACAAAGAUCGUGACCUUGAUCGGGAUGAUCGCUUCAGACGUCCAAGGGAUGAGGCUGGCUGGAGAAGAGGACCAGCUGAGGAAGUUUCCAGCUGGAGAGAUUCAAGUCGUCGAGACGAAUGGGAUAGAGGUGGUCGUGACAUGAGAGAUGACCGGGGUGGUCGUGACCUGAGAGAUCGGCGUGGUGAUGAUAGAGAUAGAAGAGGACCUCUAAUCAGAACAGACCGUGAAGAAACGAGUUCAUGGCGGCGUGGUGAUGAUAGAAAAGAAGAACGUGGGGAAGAACGUGAAACUAUCCGGCGAGCGGCUCCGGCUCCAGCUCCUACUCCUGUUCCUGCUGCUGCUCCCACUGCCCCUCCUAUUUCAAAAGACAGGGAGAGGGAGGCAGAGAGCGAGAAGAGCUCCUGGAGAACAGAAAAAGAACGAGAAUCUCUUCGUCGCACUAAACAUGAAAUAGAUGAAGAUGGAUGGACCACCGUACGACGUUAAUUCAAAAACUAAACAGUUUAAACAAGUGUUUUAGGGUUGAUUUGAUCAAAUCCACAGAUUAUUAUAUUUGUGCUUUAUAAACAUUCAAAAUUGGUAUUCUUUGACAAAUGUUUUGAGAUAACAUGAAAGCAUGAGCCUGUAUUACUUACUCAUAUAUAGAUUGAUCAUGCACAAAACUAGUGGCAGAAGGUUGGAAAUUGAAUGCCUGUUUCUGAAAUGACAAAUGUUGCAUAUUUCACAGAUCACUUGUUGCUAAAAUAAAAAUGUGAACUCUGUAGCUAUCUUGAGCAACACUUAUAUUUCAAACUAAAACAAACUGACCUUUUUUUAAAAUAUAUAAAAUAUAUAAUUCUUAAUUUGGAAUGGGGUAUGAUUUAUUUCACAGAACAUGUAGUUGAAAACAAAUCUCACAGAAAAUGGUCACAUUAUUGAAAAGAUGGAGCUGGAUUAAUUUCCAUAAUUGGCCAAGAUGAACUAUAAAACCCCUUCCCCUACUGAGGUAUUUUUGAGGGCAAGAGGUUUUUGUAAGGUAUUUUAUCAUCAUCUGAAUUCAGUAAGUUGUUUAAAUUUAAAUAAAUUACAAUAAACAUCCCGAACAUUAGCUACACUGGGAUAUUUCUAUGAUUUUACUUGAAUGCAUAUGAAACCAUUUUGCAGUCAUUCUAAUAAGGAAUAUUGCUGCAGUGUGAAACAAAACAUCGUUAGACUUUAGACCUCAAGCGUUAUGGUCCACAUACUGCUGAGUAUUUUGUUUUGCCAACAGCAUAACUGCUUUUUCCAUUACUGGAUAAUUCAUGCCUUUCGAGCAUUUAUAAAUAUUGUCAUAUUUAAAAUGUGUGGUUUUGGAGGAAUUGUUCAGAUUUUUUCCCCCCAACUUUGUCUUCAGAGUAAAUGGUUUCCUUUUCAACAAGUGCUUUGUAGUAAUGGCUAUGUUAACUGACUUCAAUUUUGGGGUGCAGUAACAAUGUUAAUCAUUAAUUAUCUGGUCUUAUUGAAGCCAACACAGAACAUGCUGCUGUGUUUCUCUUCAAUGGUAAAUAAACAACUUAUAGAAUUAG